AUGUCCAUUUCUGGGACUUUGAGCAACUAUUACGUGGACUCCAUCAUAAGUCACGAGAGCGAUGAACUCUCAACCCCAGCUCGCUUUCCCAGCGUCCAGUACUCCGGCUCAAGCUCCGCUGCAGCCGCGGGCGGACGGCAGCCUGGCGGCGGCGCUGCGCACGCUGAGCAUCCCCAUCCCGAGUCGUACCCAUCCUGCAGCUUCCAGCCGAAGCCUCCGGUCUUCUCGUCGUCCUGGAGCCCGUUCAGUCCGCACCACGGUGCCAGCGGCGUCCCCGCUGUCUACCAUCCGUACAUCCCAGCCCAGCACGUGCCCGCCGCGGAAACACGGUACCUACGCUCAUGGCUGGACUGCACGCCGCGCGGCUCCGAGUCUGUCCCGGGGCAGGGCCAGACGGGGCACGUCAAGCUGGAGCCUCAGCUCGGCCACCUCGGCGGGGAGAUCGCACCCAAAAUCGGCGGACAGCUCCAGCACGAGACCACCACGUACAUCCUGGAGUCGACAUCCACGGCUGUGCGCGAGCUGAGCCACCAUCCAGCCGCCAUCCCCGGAGCGCGGUUCGAGGAAAACAAGGACAUUUGUGAAGGGAGUGAGGACAAAGACGGCGUGGAUCAAAAUGACCCCUCGGCCAACUGGCUACACGCUCGCUCCUCCCGGAAGAAGCGAUGCCCUUACACCAAAUACCAGACUCUGGAGCUGGAGAAGGAGUUCCUGUUCAACAUGUACCUCACGCGGGACCGGCGGCAUGAGGUGGCGCGCGCGCUCAACCUGACGGAACGGCAGGUGAAGAUCUGGUUUCAGAACCGGAGGAUGAAAAUGAAGAAACAGAGCAAGGAACAACCCAAGGACUAG